AAUACAUUUGUUCUAUUUUCCACAUUCUGUUGCUUAUUUUUGUUUGAUGUGGACAAGAGUGGAAGAUGGCUCCUUUGGCUCUUUACUCAUUUCCUCUUGUCUAAAAAACAUUCCCAUUUUUGUCAAUAAUGCCACCAUUCGCAAAGGUCAGAAUCCAAGGCCUAUAUGCACUGCCCAAAUCGCAGGAGCCGGUGACUGCGGAGCUGCUCGAGUCUGUCGCAGAAUUCUUCAGGCGACACAGCGGCCGGGUGCUCGCCAUAACGGGCGCCGGCGUCAGUGUCGCCUCAGGCAUCCCAGACUACCGCGGGCCGCAAGGCACCUACCGCGUGCACCGCGGCUACACCCCAAUCCUGCACCACGAGCUCAUCGCCCAGCAUGCCACGCGGCAGCGCUACUGGGCGCGGUCCUUCUUCGGCAUCCGCCCAGCCUUCCUCGCCUCGCCCAACCCGACCCACCGAGCGCUCGCUAGCCUCGAAAACGCCGGUCAUAUCUCCGGCCUAAUAACGCAGAACGUCGAUGGGCUGCAUCUGCAGGCUGGCAGCAGGAACGUGCUGGAGCUGCAUGGGUCGUUGAGGCACGUGCGGUGCCUGGAUUGUGGCCAUUUGGAGAACCGAGAGGAUUUCCAGAGGACCCUGGAGGAACUCAACCCUGUGUGGGCUGGGGUUGGUCGGGAGAUGCUAAGGUCCGGUGAGGAGCCCAUGCGGAGACCUGACGGUGACAUUGAGUUACCGGCUGCCCUGAGCUAUGCCGACUUCGCCUACCCCCAAUGCCCACAGUGCCACACGGGCCACUUUAUGCCGACGGUGGUGUUUUUCGGCGGCAACGUUGCCCCCGAAGUGCGCCUGAGAUCGCAUGAAAUGGUGGAGGAGAACGGCGCGGUGAUUGUGUGUGGGUCGAGCUUGGCUACGUUUAGCGCGUUUAGGCUGGUGAGGCAUGCGAGGGAGAUGGGGAGGGAGGUGUUGAUUGUUAAUUUGGGAGAGACCAGAGGUGAUAAGGAGGCCAAGUGGAAGGUCGAGGCGCCGGUCGAGGAGAUCGUGCCGCCGGUGGCUGCGAUUCUCGGCGCCUGAGAGAAGACUGAUCCAUUGAGAUCAUCGGCUGCUGGUGCUUGGAGGGGACCCCACAUCCCAUAGAUGAAAUACAAAGCGGAUGAUUGCAUGGGGAGAGGGGCAAGCCUCCUCGCGAGGGGGGGUUCACCCCUUGCUUUCUGU